AGACGGGAAGCCUGGACUGUGGGCUGGGGGCAGCCUCAGCCUCUCCCACCUGGCACCCACUGCCCGUGGCCCUUAGGCACCUGCUUGGGGUCCUGGAGCCCCUUAAGGCCACCAGCAAACCGUAGGAGACCGAGUCUUGGCACGUGAACAGAGCCAGAUUUCACACUGAGCAGCUGCAGUCGGAGAAAUCACAGAAAGCGUCACCCAGCCCCAGAUUCCGAGGGGCCUGCUAGGGACUCUCUCUUCCUGCUCCUUGGAAAGGAAGACCCCGAAAGACCCCCAAGCCACCGGCUCAGACCUGCUUCUGGGCUGCCAUGGGACUUGCAGCCACCGCCCCCCGGCUGUCCUCCACGCUGCCGGGCAGAUAAGGGCAGCUGCUGCCCUUGGGGCACCUGCCCGCUCCCGCAGCCCGGCCACUCCUCCACAGCCAGCCCUUCCCUGACUCAGUGGCCACCUCUGCUGCCCCGAGGCCAUGUAGGCUGUGCUUAGGCCUCUGUGGACACACUGCUGGGGACAGCGCCUGAGCUCUCGGGGACGAGGAACACCACCAUGCCCCGGGGCUUCGCCUGGCUGCACUAUCUUGGGAUCUUCCUUGGCGUGGCUUUGGGGAACGAGCCUUUGGAGAUGUGGCCGUUGACGCAGAGUGAGGAGUGCACUGUCACGGGUUUUCUGCGGGACAAGCUGCAGUACAGGAGCCGACUUCAGUACAUGAAACACUACUUCCCCAUCAACUACAAGAUCAGUGUGCCUUACGAGGGGGUGUUCAGAAUCGCCAACGUCACCAGGCUGCAGAGGGCCCAGGUGAGCGAGCGGGAGCUGCGGUAUCUGUGGGUCUUGGUGAGUCUCAGUGCCACUGAGUCGGUGCAGGACGUGCUGCUCGAGGGCCACCCAUCCUGGAAGUACCUGCAGGAAGUGCAGACGCUGCUGCUGAAUGUCCAGCAGGGCCUCACGGGUGUGGAGGUCAGCCCCAAGGUGGAAUCCGUGUUGUCCCUCUUGAAUGCCCCAGGGCCGAACCUGAAGCUGGUGCGACCCAAAGCCCUGCUGGACAACUGCUUCCGGGUCAUGGAGCUGCUGUACUGCUCCUGCUGUAAACAAAGCUCCGUCCUAAACUGGCAGGACUGUGAGGUGCCAAGUCCUCAGUCUUACAGCCCGGAGCCCUCAUUGCAGUAUGCGGCCACCCAGCUGUACCCUCCGUCCCCAUGGUCCCCCAGCUCCCCGCCUAACUCCACGGGCUCGGUGAGGCCGGUCAGGGCACAGGGCGAGGGCCUCUUGCCCUGAGCACCCUGGACGGUGACUGCGGACAGGGGCAGCCAGGCCAGCUCCCACAGGAGUUCAACUGGGUGUGAGACUUCAAGGGGUGGUGGUGGGAGCCCCCCUUGGGAGAGGACCCCUGGGAAGGGCGUUUUUCCUUUGAUGGGGAUUCUGUGCCACAGCAGGGCUCAGCUUCCUGCCUUCCAUAGCCGUCAUGACCUCACCUGGAGCGGAGGGGACCUGGGGACCUGAAGGUGGAUGGGGACACAGCUCCUGGCUCCUCCUGGUGCUGCCCUGUCCCCCCGCCUGAAGGGGGUGCUGAGCCUCCUGUGGCCAGCAGUGAGGGCACACCUGUGGGUUGCAGGGGAGAUGGGCAGCACGGCGUGGCCAUUCUAGGACCCCCCAGCCUGGCAGACUGGGGAGCUGGGAGCAGAGGGCGGUGCCAAGUGCCACAUCUUGCCAUAGUGGAUGCUCUUCCAGUUUCUUUUUUCUAUUAAACACCCCACUUCCUUUGG